GGCUCAUAAUUUAUUAGGCUAUGUGGCAGUUUGCAUCUUUGUGGGCUGCCAAAGGUAAAUUCAUAUACCUAACCGGGGUGCUAUGUGCCUAAGAAUGUCAUUGAAGAAUCGAUUUGACAUUAGACGUUUACUAAGACAGUGGCAAAAGUGGAAAACUCGCAAGGUGGCAACUCUGAACGUUUCUCUAAUGGAUAUUCCUGACAAGUCCGAGGGUGAUCGCAAGCUCUAUCGUGCCGUCAAUCUAUCGAAUGGCGUGCGCGCCAUGCUCAUUUCGGAUCCCGGUCCCGGCGAUAUGUCCGCUUCUGCUUCGCAGGCGUCCGUGGCCCACUCGAGGGCCUCGAGAUCUGGCAGCUCCGACUCAUCGCUGGAGCAGUACCAGGGCAAACUGGCUGCCUGUGCGGUGCUGAUGAGCGCCGGCUCGUUCUACGAGCCACGCCAAUACCAGGGACUGGCGCAUUUCUUGGAGCACAUGAUAUUCAUGGGAUCGCAGAAGUAUCCGAUCGAAAAUGCCUUUGAUUCGUUUGUGACGAAGAGUGGGGGCUUCACCAAUGCCCACACAGAGAAUGAGGAUACGUGCUAUUACUUUGAGGUGGAGGAUCAGCAUCUGGACAAGACUCUGGACAUGUUUAUGCAUCUGAUGAAGGAGCCCCUCAUGUCCAUCGAUUCCAUGGCACGUGAGCGAUCCGCGCUCCAGUCGGAGUUCGAGCAGACCCACAUGAUUGACGAGGUGCGUCGCGAUCAGAUUCUGGCGGCCAUGGCCACCGAGGGCUAUCCGCAUAGCACCUUCAGCUGGGGCAAUCUCAAGUCGCUGCAGGAGAACGUCGACGAUGACCACUUGCAUCGGACACUUCAUGAAUUUCGGCGCAAGCAUUAUGGGUCCAAUCGCAUGACCGUGUGCCUGCAGGCACAGAUGUCACUGGAGGAGCUAGAGGCACUCCUUGUGCGGCACUGUGCGGGCAUACCACAGAGCGAGGAGCCGCCACUAGAUCUCUCCAAAUUCAAUUAUAGGAAUGCCUUCCGGGAGAAGUUUUUUAAGGAGGUGCUGCUGGUGCAGCCUGUGGAGGAUGUUUGCAAGGUGGACAUCACCUGGGUGCUGCCUCCCAUGCGCCAGUACUACAGAUGCAAGCCGGACGCAUUCCUCUCCCAGCUGCUGGGCUACGAAGGUGUCGGCAGUCUGUGUGCCUAUCUGCGACGUCGGCUCUGGUGCAUGAGCGUAAUAGCGGGCGUCGGUGGGGGAAGCUUCGACACGAACUCGAUUUACUCCCUGUUCACAGUGUCCAUCUAUUUAACGGACGAGGGAUUCGAGCACCUGGAUGAUGUGAUGGCUGCCACCUUUGCCUGGAUACGCCUGCUUAACGACUGCAACACGUUAGCACCCAGCUAUUCCGAAAUGAAGCAAAUCGCGGACACAAAUUUUCGGUUUCAAAUUGAAAUACCUUCCAUGGACAAUGUGCAGAGUAUAGUGGAGGCGCUGAGAUUUCUGCCAGCCAAAGAUGUGCUCACCGGCACGCAGCUGUAUUUCGAAUACGAUGAGCACGCAAUAGGGGUGGUAAAGCAGCAUCUAAGCGAGUUCCGGUUCAACAUUAUGAUCUCGUCGCAUAUACCGUACGAGCAUCUGUCGUACGAUCAGAUGGAGCCCUGGUUCGGAACCCAUUACACAACCAUCGAGAUGCCCGCCAAAUGGCAGGAGAUGUGGACAAAUCCUCCCCCGCAUCCGGAACUGAGAAUACCCGAACAGAAUAGGUUCAUAACAACUGAUUUUACGAUCCAAUGGAUACAGGCAGGCAAACCGCACGUGCCCCGACGACCCAAGGCGCUCAUCAAGGACGAUCUGUGUGAGCUCUGGUUUCGACAAGAUGAUACGUUUUUGCUUCCCGACGGUUAUGUAAACCUGUACCUCAUAACACCCCUGAUGCGCAGGAGCCCGCAGGACUACAUGUCGGGCGUGCUGUACACCUACCUGGUGGAGUUCUGCAUCGCCGAGCAAUUGUAUCCGGCGCUGGUCGCUGGCCUGACCUAUGGCCUGGACACGGCAGAUAAGGGCCUGGUGCUGCGGGUCAGUGGCUACAACCAGAAGCUGCCGUUGCUGCUGGAGAUCAUAAUGAAUGUCAUGCAAAACAUGACCGUAGAUCCCGCUCAAGUGGUGUCCUUCAAGGAGCUGAAGAAGCGACAGAUUUUCAAUGCCCUGAUCACGGGGCGUUCGCUGAACCUAGAUCUGCGUCUCACAGUCUUGGAGCACAUGCGCUUCAACCUGAUGCAAAAGUACCACGCGCUGGAAAACAUCACCGUGGAUCACGUGCAGAACUUCAAGGAUACCUUUCACAAGAAAAUGUACGUGCAGGGCCUGAUUCAAGGCAACUUCACCGAACAGCAGGCGCGCGACAUCAUGAGGAAGGUCCAGAACAACUUCCGCAGCGAAAAGAUCGAGAAUCUGGGAGAGCAGCACAAUCGGCUGGUGCAGCUGCCGCUAGGCGAGCACUUUUUACGCGUGAAAACUCUAAACGAGGACGAUCCCAAUACGAUCGUUAGCAACUAUUAUCAAAUUGGACCCUGCAGCCUGCGAAUGGAGUGUCUGAUGGAUCUGGUUGAUCUGGUUGUCGAGGAGCCCUUCUUCAAUCAACUGCGCACAAAGGAACAGCUCGGCUACAGCCUGGGCAUGUACCAGCGCAUCGGCUACGGUAUUCUGGCCUAUAUACUGAACAUCAACACCCAAGAGAACAAGCACAAGGCUGAGCAUGUGGAGGAGCGCCUGGAGGCGUUCCGUGCAGGCAUGCCUCGCCUAAUCGAACAGCUGACAGAAGAGGAGUUCGAAGACGUUCGCACAACGUUGAUCAAUGGCAAAAAGCUGGCUGAUUAUAGCCUGGACGAAGAGGUCGUGCGCAACUGGAGCGAAAUAGUCAGCAUGGACUAUUUCUUUAAUCGCACCGACAUGCAAAUACAAACCUUAAACGGCCUCACAAAGAAGGAAGUGCUCGACUUUCUAGUGAACUAUGAUAAGCACAACUUGCGUAAGCUCUCUGUACAAGUGAUUGGCGCAUCCUCCGUGUCCAGGGUCUCGACGACUCAGUCCAUAGCCGAUGCUGUGGCAGCCAGACAAGUGUCUAAUACCGGCCUGGGCCGCAGGCCCGGCUCGCUGGCUAUGCUGCUCGAUGAGGUACAGAGAAACAUAUCCGAGGAGCAGCUGCUCUUCGAACAGAUCGGCGAUCGUAUUCGCCUGGAGUUCAUUGGCGACUGCGAUAAUCCUGCCCACAUCACAGACAUAAGUGCUUUCAAAAAAGACUUACACGUAUAUCCAUUCAUAAGUAGUAAUCCAAAGUUUGACAAAUUGUAGUGUAACGAAAAUUUAUAAAUGUAACGUCCCCAUGUAAAUUUUAGU